ACCUUCUAGAGGUUGGCCCAGGGUUUCUUAACAAAGUCAAGGCAAAGUGUUUUGUCAUCACAAAGACAAUCAUUAAAGUGUACUGCAGUGACUAGAAUAGAAUGGAAACCUUUCAAUUGAAUGUUUAAAUGUCUCUUUGCUAUUCUUUCUGCUUAAAGCUGUUGUGUCCUGAAAAAUGUGUAGAGUCACUGAGGCCACAAGUGCUGAGAUGUGUGGUGUGCAGUGAGGGAGGAAGUGCUGGUUAAGACAUACUAUUUCUCCAUUCAUUUCCUCAAACUGUUGUAAGGUUAGUUACAGGUUAAGGUCAGUUACAUGAGCUAGUUGUUUGAGAAUAACCAACACAGAGUAUGCACAUCUGAUAGCAAUUGUUAUAUGAAGUAAAUAAAAGUGUGUUUAAGUCUAAAACAGAGUGUAGUUGUAUGCAACAGUAUGCUGACUGAUGAUUUUAUGUAAAAAUACAGCAGUCUCAACAAUACAAAUGACAAAGUGGGACUGAGACAGAGAAUACUGAUUGUCAAUUCACUUGAAUUGUCCGAAUUUCUCGACACUGGUGGAAAUCCUCACUGCAGUCUUUUCCUUAACAGAAUUGUGUGAGUUUUGUUCAGUUAAGGCUAAACUCACCAGGGCUAAACCUCUUUGUUAGCUCAUCCCACUGUUUAGGAGACAAUUUACUGUUAUUUUAGUGUGCCACAUUCAUGCUCUGUUGCCAGAAUGGGAGGAAAGUGAAGAAUUCCCAUUGAAACAACUUUGGAACGUUAUUCAUCAUGCAUUAUUCCAAGAUGGCUGGCUGCAUUGCAAGCUAACUGCUGAUUUUGCCAUUUUGGAAGCAGUUGAUUGAGAGGUCUUUCCAUCAAGUGAUAGAUUUUGAAGCCAUCAGAUUCCCCAAAUCUGCUACUUGAUGCCUGUGUUAUAAAGGCCUCAAAAUUCUGGCAGUUUACUACUGGAGCAAAAUUUCUCAUAGAGACUUUGCGGACACCGUGUCGCAGCUCACACUUUAUCCUGAAGAUGUCGCAUGUCGGUUUGUGUUGUCUUCUUUUUGUCUCUGUCUUGGUGUGGUACUGGGUGCCAGCAGUCUGCUAUGCCAACGGCAAGGUCACCAAAGUCUGUGGCAGCAUGGAACCCCAUCAUCGUGCCCCUGGUCAGACCACUCACAGCCCCUACCGCCUAGAAACCAACACCACUACAUUCAGUCCCAGAGAUCGGAUCCAAGUCAUCUUAUCCGGAACAUCGUUUUUUGAGGGCUUCCUGCUUCAGGCCAGAGAUGCAGCCAAUCAGGGCUCAGUAUCCAUGGUUGGCACCUUCACCCUGACGGAUCCAAAAAAGACACAGCUGCUCACCUGUAAUAAGCACGAGGGUUCAGCCGUGAGCCAUACAAGUGAUGCCAGACAGACAGAGGUUGUUGUCAUCUGGAAUGCUCCCACAGAUGCUCCCAAACAGGUUCAGUUUUUUGUGACUGUAGUUGCCCACUUCAAUUUAUUUUGGGUGAAGCUGCCUGGACCCAUCAUCUAUCAGCAUGGUGUUACUCCCCACCCACCUCAUCUGGACACUACACCUCCUCCUGUGCAAACGACCACUUCCUCCAUCCUGCCUGGGCCUUUUACUGCUGAGGGAUGUGGCCAAUCAAAAUCCUGCCUGCUAGUUCCUCCAGGCUGUGAUCCAAAAGAUGAUCCUGACUGCUUCUUCCUGUCCAUGACUACAGAGGGACCAGACAAAAAGUCUGUGAUAUUUGAGCUGAGUGGCCCAGCGGAGGGAUACGUUGCCUUUGCACUAUCCUGGGACACAUGGAUGGGCAAUGAUGAUGUGUAUAUGUGUGUAAAAGAUGGGGAUAGAGUAUCAGUGAGUGCUGCCUUUGUCAGUGGACGAACACACCCUGAGGACCAGUCGCAGUCUGGCCUCUCCUCGCUGUCAUGGCGGCUGGCAGAUGGAGUGAUUCAGUGCAGGUUCAGUAGACCAGUCAAACUGACCAAUCAGGAACCAGCCCGCUACGAUCUGGACCAAGAGUACUUUCUGUUUCUAGCCAACGGAUAUGCUCAGUACGGUAAAGUAUGGAAACAUAGUCGCCAGCCGAUAAUCUCCACCCAGAGAAAACGUAUCACUGGACCCCCUGAGGUCCUAAGAGGCUCUCGGGGAACAAUCAUUAUGAAAAUGCAUGGUGCACUAAUGCUGUUAGCCUGGAUGCUAACAGGAAGUGUUGGUACCUUCAUUGCCAGCUUCUAUAAACCUGACUGGCCAAAUCAAACUGUGCUCGGCCAGAAAGUCUGGUUCCAGGUUCAUCGAGGCCUGAUGAUGCUAAGUGUGACUCUGACCAUUGUAGCCUUUUGCCUCCCAUUUUUCUACAGGAAAGGUUGGAGCAAGGGUGCAGGUGUCCAUCCAUACCUAGGCUGUUGUGUUCUGGCUUUGUCUGUGAUUCAGCCAAUAAUAGCUGCGAUCAGACCAUCACCUGACUCACACAGGAGAUAUAUCUUUAACUGGGCCCACUGGGGAAUUGGGUCUGUGACAGAGAUCAUGGCAGUGGCUGCCAUGUUCCUGGGGAUGCUUCAGUCAUCACUGCUUCUCCCCCAGCCAUGGGCAACGCAUGUUCUGAUUGGCUAUGUGACAUGGCUGGCCUCAUUAAGGUUCCUCCUCCUGAUGCACAAGCACCUUUACAUCAAAAAAUCAGCAUUGGGGUCAGAUGACACACAGGCCAUCCUCUCUGACCAAUCAGAGCAUGGUCGCUGGGGGUCCUUCAUAAAGUCUCUCAUCUUGGCUGUCUUAGCUCUAGGAAACUCUGGUCUCCUAAUGGCCUUGCUGUCUUCUAUUGCUGAAAUUUGACAUUAAAUGGCAAAGAAAUCAAAACAACUUUCAAGACCAUGAUUGACAACAUUUUUAAAAGAUUACUUUUUUUACGCAAGGCUUGGAAUACCAGUAUAAUUCCAAUUACAGCAAAACCUGCUAACAGAAAGAAUGAGGAACUUCUACUUAUUCAGCCAAACACAUCGUUUCUAUUUUACUGUAUGUUUCUUUUUUGUUUAGAUUCAGGUUUUUGGUUGUAUUUGUGUAGUUAUAUAUGUACUUUAUUUCUAUAAAAUGUUAAUUAAAUGUUGAUUGCUGAGUCAUCAUUAAAAUAUGGAAAGAUAAACUGAAA